CACUCAGAAAGGCCAGAUACAGCUCCACGCCCCGCGCAGCCACUGGAACUAUCCUCGACUGUCCCUGACUUCCCGCGACAAGCUGCACCAGCUCGGUCAGUCUCAAUGGAGGCGGCUUCGGCGCGGAUGGCCGCCCGCGACCGCUACGGCGGGUGGGGGGAGGCGCCGACUUCACAGCUGCAGCGCUUCAUAUUAAACGCUUGUGAUCCGCAGAACUUCGAACCGAACCUGGCCUUGAACCUCGAGAUCAGCGACCUGAUCAACACGAAGAAGGGCUCCACACCGCGGGAAGCAGCCGUCACCAUCGUCCACUACGUGAACCACCGCAACCAGAACGUGGCCUUGCUUGCGCUUAAUCUCCUCGACAUCUGCGUCAAGAACUGCGGUUACCCCUUCCACCUCCAGAUCAGCACCAAGGAAUUCCUCAACGAGCUCGUCCGUCGCUUUCCCGAGCGCCCUCCAGUCCAUCCCACUCGCGUGCAGAACAGGAUACUCGAGCUGAUAGAGGAAUGGCGGCAGACCAUAUGUCAGACCUCGCGGUACAAGGAAGACCUCGGCUUUAUCAGGGACAUGCACCGUCUGCUCAGCUACAAGGGCUAUGUGUUCCCUGAAGUUCGGAGAGAAGAUGCGGCAGUCUUGAAUCCCAGCGACAAUCUGAGGUCAGCCGAGGAGAUGGAAGAGGAGGAACGAGAGGCGCAAUCAGCAAAGCUCCAGGAGCUCAUUCGGCGCGGAGGCCCGCAGGACUUGCAGGAGGCCAACAAGCUGAUGAAAGUCAUGGCGGGAUACGACACUAGGAACAAAACAGAUUGGCGAGCAAAGGCGGCAGAAGAAGUUUCGCGGAUACAACAGAAAGCCAAGAUCCUCGAGGAAAUGCUGCAGGGCUACAAACCCGGAGACGAGAUCAAAGAAGGUGACGUGUUCGAGGAACUGGCCAACGCGCUCCAGAGUGCACAUCCAAAGAUUCAGAAGAUGUGCGAAGAAGAGUCCGAGGACACGGAAGCCGUAGCUAAGCUAUUCGAAAUAAACGACAGCAUAAACCGAACAAUAGAGCGCUAUAAGCUGUUCAAAAAGGGCGACAUCGAAGCCGCAAACAGGAUUCCCCAGGGCACCCUGGGUACGAGCGGGGCCGGUGUCUCCAAGGGCCCCAACAACGAGCUCAAUCUGAUUGACUUUGACUCUGAACCAGCGCCAGCAGCAUCAAACUCGGCAUCUGGGGGUACAGAACAGCCUGCGCAGAAGGGCAAUGCGCUGGAGGAUGAUCUGCUAGGUCUCUCUCUUGGCGGUUCGAACUACGGUCAAAGCGGCAGUAUAUCACUGGGCGGAUCCAAUGGCUCAGUGCUUGGACUCUCUGGUAUGGCAGUCCCGCAGUCACCAGCUCACCCGCAACAGCAAAGUACUGCACAGUCGAUCGUCGACCUAUUCGGUUCAACGUCGAACUCUGGCCCUGCUCAACAAAUCCCAUCCCCUCUACCAUCCGCACGUGCUCAACCUCUGCCACAACCCGUUCGCACCCCUGAUCCUUUCGCUGCUCUAAACUCGCCCACGCCCCGGCAAGGCUCGCCUAUGAACUUCCAACAGUCUGUGAAGCCACCACCUGCGGCAUCCGGGACUGUAGAUCUCCUUGGUGGCGCAAUACCUGCGCUGACUUCAAGCUUGGCACAGAGUACCUCCGCAGCAGCCAACGACGACGACGAAUGGACAUUCGCCUCAGCGGUGCCUGACACUUCGAAAGAGAUUACAGUCAACAACACAUUGAUCAACGUGGUCUUCAAGGUCUCUAGGGAGUCAGAGACUGUACUCCUAAUACAAAACCACGUAUCGAACAACACACCCCAACCUAUAUCAAACUUGACUUUUCAAGUCGCAGCAUCAAAGGGCGCUCAGUUACAACUAGAACAUCAAUCGGGUGUCAACCUUGCUCCCAAUCAACGCAACGGUAUCACGCAAAACAUACGACUGACUGGCGUACAACGAGGGUCUGGUAACAGUAUCAAGAUGAGGUGGAAAGUGACCUACUCAGUAGGAGGACAAAGCAAAAACGAGAUGGGCGAGAUUGCCUCGCUGGGCGUCUCGUGACGAUCAUGAAAGCCAAGAUUAUUGUAUUUCGAUUCCCGUCUGGUAUUCGAUGCAUUUCAGCGGCAUGUUUGAAACGUGCGUGGGGUGCAGGAGGCUUGCGAUUGAUAGACAGUGUUGAGAUUCAAAGCACGAUGUUCCUUCGC